ACAAGAAGAAAGAAAAAAGUUUUCAUAUGAAAACUUAAUGCUUUGACAAGGGUAUUCUUUUAUCACUGCGUAAACUGCCGGGAUCCAAACCAUUUCUCACCCUUGGUGAAAAGUUUUUUUUGUUGUUGAUUUUAACAGCAUGAGUAACUGGUGGGGGACUGCUGUGGGAGUCAUUAUCCUAUUCGGGGUUUUGGAGACAUGUCAUUGUCAAACGACAGGGGACUGCUCUCUGGCUGACUCGUGUGAUGGCUGCAUCAUGGGAGACCUCUCUAUCAACCUGACGGGCUGCGUGUGGAGGCAGUGCGACAACGAUAAUUACACAGGAUGUGUUUCCGAUAGUGAGGACACUCUGGAUUGCUCUGUCUUCAAUGAUACAUCAAUAUGCUCUGCCUCUCUGACCCCAACACCUGGCAACAACGGCACAGCAAACGAUGUCACCCCAGAACCUACCCCGGUGUACUCUCAGGCAAACUUCAACCUGUCCAGUUUCAUCGGAGGUGUGAUUCUGGUACUGGUACUACAGGCAGGAGCGUUUUUUGCCAUGAAAUUUGUGAAGAGCAAGGACAGCACCUAUGAAACAAUAGAACAACCUCAGUAGUAUUUGUGAGGAAGGAGGGAGAUUGGAUGGUGCAGAGGUGAUGGAGACAGAAAGGAGGGAGUAUGGAGGAUGAAUGUGAGAAAGGGAGAGUGAUGGAGAGAAAAAAGGGCAAGAGGAGACACGAGGAGAGAGGAGAUGGGAGGGGUGAAGCAGGUGCAAAUAAGGGAAAUAAUCAGAGAGAACACACAUGAAAUGUUUAUGUAUGUUCCUGUCUUUCUUUUUAUGUUUAAGCAUUUACAUUUAAAAAAACCUUUCUGUUUGUCUUCAUUUAGUUUGCGCCCUUUAACAUGUACACUGUCUGACCAGGUACCAGCUGGUCAACUCUAUAUGAGACUCUGUGAAUGCAGUUUGUGUACAUUUGUAUGUCUGUGUGUCUUCUCAAUGACCCCACCAUACAUGCUUUCGGCUGGUGACAGUACACUACCAAGAUGUGUGGGGGGUGACUUCUUUCCCCAUGGUUUUUAGAUUUAAAGGAUGAAAAUGCAUUAUUUUUUUAACUGGGGGCCAAUUUACCCACCAGGCUUCUUUCUACUGGAGUAGUUCUCCUGUUUACAGUUUGAGGACUACAUACAGACUGUUUGAUUCCUUCAGUUAAAUUAUUAUUAUUUGUUGCUGUUGUUUUUGUUGUUGUUGUUGUGUAUCAUGAAUAUGUAUGGGUGUUUGAAAGGUUUCUUUUAAAAUACUUAAUUUAACUCAGUUUACUUAUGGGUUCAUAAACGGGCGUGAGAUGCUUUAAAUGUAACUAUCAAUAGUCAUUUGGUGGUCUUGCUUUAUUUUGUGCCUGUGGUUUUGUUAAUUCAGUUACUUUUAUGGUAUUUAAUUAAUCUGUUUGAUUGUGUGUCUUUCUCUGUGGUUUUAAAAAGGAGUGAAUGAGUGAUAUCCUCAGCCUCUUGAUAUGGGAGCAAUAAUGGCAAAAAAGUUCAUCCCUGUGCAAAGAGGUUUUGGUGAGGGGGAAACACUGAAUGUUUUCCUGGUGGACUUUGGUGCCAUUACAAAGUUUGCGUCUUGUUUUCUUUUUGACACUUUACUUUUUGUAUUGUGUGUUACUAUGGAUGGUUUUAAUUUACUGCUUUAAAUACUUUUUUUGCGGGUGCUGUUGUAUACAAAAUGUUAUUAAACAAGCUCAUGUUGAUUUUAUCCAAAUAAAGAAAUGACUGAUAAGA